AUGGCUCAACGAGGAGACUACCAGCGCGUGCCGGUCAACGACGACAUCGAGAUGAAGGGCGCGCACCGCGAUGGGACACCUCAGCCGCCCAAGACGGAGGAGCCACCUAGCACGGGCAUGGUCGUCUUCUCCGUCUCGUUCUAUCUUGUCGCUGCUAUCGUCAUGAUCAUGGUGAACAAAUGGGUCCUGAACAAGGUCCAGAUCCCCUUGUUCUUCCUCUUCUGCCAACUCCUCAUCGCCGUCUUCCUCCUCCAACUCUGCGCCCUCUUCGGUUACAUGAAGCUUCCCCGGCUGGAUAUCACGACUUGCAAGGGCUUGGCGCCGUUGAUUGGGUGCAACGUGCUGGGGUUGGCGUUCAACACUUACUGCCUUCAAUACGUCGACGCGUCGUUCUACCAAAUCGCGCGCGGCCUCGUCCUCCCCUUCACCGUCUUCUUCUCCUGGUACAUCCUCGGCUCCAAGUCCUCCCGCGCGACCCUGACCGCCGUCGGAAUCGUCUGCAUCGGAUUCAUGCUCGGCGUCUCUGGAGAAAUCCACACCACCCUCCUCGGCACGACGUUGGGCGUCGCCUCAUCCGUCACGACCGCCGUCCACGCAAUCGUCGUCAAGCGCUCUCUGGGCGUCGUGAGCGGGACGCUUGACCUCGCGUACUACACCAACCUCCUCUCGGCGAUCGUUAUCCUCCCGUUCGUGAUCUUGAGCGGAGAGGUUUGGACGGUCGUGGAGAUGGUUGCGGGGAAUGGGGACGGGGCGGAGGCGUUUGGGACUUUCAUGACCGGCGCAGCGGUGACCGGCCUCUUUGGUUUCCUUAUUUGCAUCGCGGGAUUCUUGAGCAUCAAGGUCACGUCGCCCAUCUCGCACAUGAUCUCGGCCGCGGUCCGCGGCGUGUUGCAGACUUUCUUGGGUGUGUGGUUGUUCAAGGACCAGGUUGGAGCCGGUCGCGCCUUUGGCAUCGUCUUCAUCCUCAUCGGAUCAAUUUACUACGUCUACACCAAAUCGCAAGAAAACGCCGCGCCUCGCUCCGCGCCUCCUUCGAGUCCGGAGAUCCACGGGAACAGGGGUGCUCCGACCGUGCUUUCGGCGGGUCAGACGCCCGGGUUGGUGUACAAUGCGUCGUUCAUGGGGGGCGAGGAGAAGGAGCGCCGUUGA